GCUGAUUAUGAUUUAGACCCAUUUUCACCGGUUUUUAUUAUUCCAGAACAGAAACAGACCUGCUUCACAGCUGGUGAGAAUAGGGCCGUUUUAUUACAUUUCAUACCCAGAAAAGGCACACAUGUUUAUCCUAUGAACUCUGCUUUGCCUCAGAGCCUUAAUGUAAGUCCAACAGUAUGAUAAAUGCAACAAGAUUUAUUAUUAAUAAUAUUAACUUUACAUUUUGCAAUUUUCAUGUUUUUUUAAACAGCUGCAUCAUCUGCAAGAGGAAGCUCUGAGGUAAAUCAGCUAUCUGCACAGCAGCCUCUGUUGAUGAUCAGCCCACUAAUUGGAAGCAGGUGCAUGUAAUCAUCCUGCUAUAAAAACCACAGUCAAACCGGCCAACUCUGGAGCUCUGCUCAUUUUAACUUCACACAUACAUGGGUUAUUACGGUAAUCGAGCACUGGGGAGCCCUUUCAGGUGAAAACAAUGAAAUUAUGAGGAACUGAGAAGACUUGCCUACUACUUUCCCACACAACAUCCAGAGCAAAAUGUGUUAUACCUUUACUGUAGCUGUUUGGAUAAAUAUUAGGGCAACAUACAGAAAAACGCCUUUGUGGUAUUCUCAGGAAUUAAUUUCCCCAAAAUGCUAAGAGGUGUAAAGAAAUGUUUAUUCUGGUUAUGGGUGACUAGUAAAGUCAGAUGAAGCAUUUUAAAAGAAAUUAACUCCUGAAAACGACACAUCUUUUUUGUGUAGAUAUUUUUAAACCUUUUUAAAUCAGAGGCUGAGAGGAUUGAGAACCCAUUGUCAUUUACAACAGCAGCAACAGAGCUUUACAACAAAGAACAGACGAGAGAAAAACAUUUAGACAUGAAAGGCGUAUAAAGACUGUUCCCGUAUACAACAUGCACAAUCAAUCAACACAGACUUCACUCAGCAGCAGGAACAUUGAUCAGAAACUACUGAUCGUAAUGAAUUAUUGAAGGCGGAUAAUGGAACAAAGGUAAUGAGCUUUAUUGAUUUUUGCAGCUCAUUACAGUCGCUAGAAACAGCAAACUGGAAGGAAACUGAAAUAGUAAUCUGUACUUUAACCUCAUAUUUCUCCACAACACGUUAAAAUAAUGAAGUGUUUAUUCUGGGUAGACCCUUUAGCAGAAUCAGAUGUUCUGGUCUCCCCAGGGGUGGGGAGAAGAGCCGUUGUUCACACUCCAGACCGGUAGGUGGCGGUAAUGCACCUUACUGCUAGCAGAGCUAGCUUGUUGUUGUUCUGGUGUGUGGGGAGAAUAUUUGAGGCUCUGCAGUAAAAAUGUCUUCACUUCAGUCUCUGGGAGAGUUGAUCAGUUAAAGCGACUAACUGCUGCUGCUGCAGAAAUCUUCUCACCAGGCUGUGGAAACUUUCUUCUCCUCCUCAACAACUUGGUGGAGUUCUUUCCAGAACCGGAGAAGAUAUUCUGCGGUCUUCGUGACAAUCGGAGCUCCAGAAUCAGGUUGUGGAUUGAAGAGGUUCCCUCUAUCAGACUCGCUCAUCUGAGUUGGUCAUGAUGCAGGAUCGCUGCUCGCUCUCUGAUCCAUCCUGCUCACACUCUCCGACGGAAAAGCCCCGAAUCCUAAUCAGCUCUCCUGCUUUGUUACUAUUGCAGCUGUUAGCUAAACACGGCUAAAGAAAACCUGCUACCACUUCAGGAUCUGGGACUGAUUCAUCGUGUGUUCUUCACCACCUGGACCUGGACAGCAUGGACACAGAUGUGUAUCAGGUGAUGCUGGUUAAAGAAGAAACUCCUGAAGAAAAGAGUACUGGUGUGGACAAGCAGGACCCAGAAGGCCUCUACAUAAAGGAGGACCUCUGGACCAGUCUGGAGGGAGAGCAGAUCCGUUUGAAGGAGGAGAAGGAUGCUGCCAGGUUUCCAUUCACUGUAGUUUCUAUGAAGAAUGAGGAUGUUGAAGACAAACCUUUGUUCUCACAGCUUCAUCAGCAGCAAAUGGAGGACAACGAUGUCCCAACAAGCAGCUCAGGUGACCAGAUGACAGCAGAUUCUGGUGGAGGAGCAGAAACUAGCAAGAACCCAGAUCUGAACCCUCAUGAACAGACAUCUGAUGCUUCGGAGACUGGAGAUGAUGAUGAUGUGAAUCUAGACACUGGGCUUUCAGACUCUGGAUCUGGAACUGGAGACGGAGACAAAGACUGGAAUGAGAGAAGGUCUUCUGAGUCAGUUGUUAAGACUGUCAACAAAUACUUUAGCUGCCCUGAGUGUGGUAAACAAUUUCUCCACAAGUCGUCUCUCCAGAAACAUGUGAGAGUGAAAGGUCAUUCAGCUAUAAGGUCUUCAGGAUGUUUGGUUAAUAUGAAAUAUGUUGGAGUGAAGCAACGUGUAGACUCAUGCAGGAAAGUUCAGAAAGAACCAAAAUCAUUUAAUUGUGACCACUGUGGAAAAAGACUAGGUAGAAAAUCUAAUUUAAACAGACACAUAAUACUCCACACAGGACAGAAACCUUUUACCUGUGAACUUUGUGGGAAAAGAUUUAGCCAAAAGGCAAAUUUAAACAGACACAUGACCGUCCACACUGGACAGAAGCCUUUGGUUUGUGAGCUCUGUGGACAAAGAUUUGUCCUCAAGUCAAGUUUAAAUAGUCACAUGAGUGUCCACACUAAACAGAAACAUUUUUCCUGUGAACUCUGUGGACAAAGAUUUAGCCGUAAUUCAACUUUAAACAGUCACAUGAGAAUCCACACAGGACAAAAGCCUUUUGCCUGUGAGUUCUGUGGACAAAGAUUCAGCCAAAAUACUAAUUUAAGCCAUCACAUCAGAGUCCACACAGGACAGAAACCUUUUGCCUGUGAGCUCUGUGGACAAAGAUUCAGCCAAAAGAAUACUUUAAUCAGACACACGAGAGUUCACACAGGACAGAAGCCUUUUGCUUGUGAGCUCUGUGGACAAAGAUUCAGCCAAAAGAAUACUUUAACCAGACACAUGAUAGUCCACACAGGACAGAAGCCUAUUGCUUGUGAGCUCUGUGGACAAAGAUUUAGCCAAAAGACUAAUUUAAACAAACACAUGAGAAUCCACACAGGACACAGGGAACUUCUUUAACUACAAGAGUACCAAAUGGCACUUUUUUGUUUUUACAUCCUAGAAAUAAUUCCAAUAAGUCCAGUCUUUUACCCAUCUGGCACUUAAAAGGAAAGAAAGCUGAAAUGGCAAAAACGCAAGCUACCUCAAGAAACAACAAACAAAUCCAACACACAUGGGUGGAAAAUUGCAAAAUCUUUAUCAAGCUCAACGGCUUACCAGAGGAGACCAAGAUCCUCCCACUGAGACAUUUGGAGGAAUUAGACAAGUAUGAAUGAAAUCAACGAUGCAACGCAUGGGAAUCAAGAAUCUUGCAGCUACAACAGUUGCAUCUGAAAGCUUGUGAAUACACCGAUGACAAUAACCAUGAUAUAGAGACAGACUAUUCCCACACAAUAGAGACUUAACAACCCAUCGGGGGUAUAGAGGAGGGUUAUUCAGAGUGAGUUUCUGCUCCUUAAGCAACAGUAGACAGCUAGAGUUUAUAAGCUUGACCCUCCAUAUUCCAUUCAGAAUUGACAAAGAUCCUGUGAUGUCUUCAAGAAACCAAAGAAGUCCAGUUGCCUUCAUGGAUUACACCGCGCUGUGAACGCACAAACUCAUAUAAUUGUCGUGAUGAGUCGUAAGCUUGGAACUUUGGCUGAGAUUCAGACUCUGGCACAGAAGGUGGAUUCGAUCAAGGAGAAAGUUGACGGAUUGGGAUAGAUAAAUUACACCAUUAUUGGAUUUAGAGAGGUUGAGGACCAACGGAACUUUAAGACAGAGAGGAAAUUAUCUCUGUCUGGCCCCAAAACGAGUUCUUAUCUGAAUCUGGUGCCCUUGAGCCUGUGAGACUGAAGUGAUUACUCCCCCUCAGAAGAAAUGUGGAAUGCUGCCAUUGCCAUGGCAACUCUGUCUCCCUAUCCCAGCCUGGGCGAGACUGCAACCAGUGAAGGACGUUGAAUCGUUCGAGGAAUCACUGUGCUUUCUAAAACCAACUACCUCCCUCCUCUGUCCAAACGGAGGUGACGAGCGCUGCUUAUCGCGGCUGCAUGCACUGAUGUGUGGAGAGUCCCCAACCCUACCUCCCCACCUAGUGGACACUUAUGUUGUGUAAUGUCUGACGUCUAUUGCAUUUCUGUCUGAGGUGUUUUUUUGCAGAGCAAAGCUGCCCUCCCUGUGGAGGGUAACUCUGAAGUGACUUUUUCCUCCACCUGAACCAAUCCUCAUAUAAACCCUCUGAUCUCUAUUAAGGUAGCGCGACUUGGGUUGCGAAUGACCACAGUCACCAAUUCUUGUCGUGUGUCUAUGCCUAUGUAUGUAAGUCUGAUCUCAGAAUUGUGUGUACUGAAACUCUAAUUUCCCUCUGGGAUUAAUAAUGUAUCUUUGAAUCUGAAUUGAGUUGAAUUUGAACUCUUUUGGACCGAGUGCAAUAUGUCCAAAUGGGGGAAUUGUCUUCCAGAUGUCUUGACGUUGCUUGUGCUGUUGCCCAACGAUCAGUAUUGGGCCCAAGAUUAUUUAACUUAUAUAUCAACAACUAUUUUAGUGUUUCUCGAUUGGUGAAAUGUAUAUUGUUUGCUGAUGAUAUAAAUGUUUUUUAGCAGUGAUAAUUUUUAUCUUUUUUGCACAGUAAAUUCUGUAUUAAAUAAAGUCAAGUGGAUGGAAA